CCGCGUUGAAACCAGAAUGAGGAAUUAUAAAUUUUAUGGCAACUUGAAAAGGAAGAUAGGCCUCAUAACUUUUGGUAUACUAACAUUUGCGGCAGUUGAGCAUUUUCUAAUAAACCUAAACAGCUUGUCCAAAAGCCUCAAAUCAGCGGAGAGCGUUGAAAAAGGCUUUGAGUUUUACUUUACUUCUUCAAAUUUUGCUAGAAUAUUCACAUUCGUCCCGUACUCUUUAUGGAAAGGGUUCUUACUAGAGUUCGUCAGUCUCCAGAAGGCAUUUCUUUGGACCUACUCGGAUAUAUUCAUUAUGAUCAUAGGUGUAUCAUUACAGUACAAAUUGCAUCAAAUAAGAGAACAAAUCCAUAUUAUGAUCGAAUCUAAGAUAAAAAACGAGAACAUAUGGCUCUCAAUAAGAAAAGAUUACCUUCUGCUGAUCAGGCUAUGCAAAAAGACAAACGAUACGGUCUCAACCCUGAUCGUAGGAAGUUUUAUGAUCAACAUGUAUUUCGUGCUCAAGCAGAUGUUCAAGAGUUUGAUGCGAAUCGAGAAUACCGUUGACAGAGUGUACUUCUACAUGUCCUUUGCUUUACUCAUCAUUCGUUUGGGUUUUGUUAUCAUUUUUGGAAGCGCUGUCAAUGAGGAGUGGAAGGAUAUUGGGUUCCUGCUGCACUCGGUACCCACUGAACUGCACAAUCCUGAGGUACUUAACUAUAGUAGACUGUAG